UGACAAGAACAGAAAUACACAAAGCAAAGCUAUGAAGAAAUCUUUUAAUAACAGCACCAAGGACUUUAACUCUGAAAAAUCAAGCAUUUGCUCAGAUUCCUAUAUUUUCUCAAAGGAGAUCGUAAACAUAAACCCCAAACCUUUCUCAUGUUCUGAAUGUGGAAAAUGUUUUCGGCAUCAUUCAAGUUUUGUCAGUCAUCAGAGAACUCACACAGGAGAGAGACCGUUCUCAUGUUCUGAAUGUGGAAAAUGUUUUGUUCGUAAACAAGAGCUUGUCACUCAUCAGAGAAUUCACACAGGAGAGAAACCAUUCUCAUGUUCUGAAUGUGGAAAAUGUUUUCGGCAUCAUUCAAGUUUUGUCAGUCAUCAGAGAACUCACACAGGAGAGAAACCGUUCUCAUGUUCUAUAUGUGGAAAAUGUUUUGUUACUAAAGCAGUUCUUGUCAAUCAUCAGAGAAGUCACACAGGAGAGAAACCGUUCUUAUGUUCUGAAUGUGGAAAAUGUUUUGUUGGUAAACCAGAGCUUGUCAGUCAUCAGAGAACUCACACGGGAGAGAAACCGUUCUCAUGUUCUGAAUGUGGAAAAUGUUUUGUUCGUAAACCAGAGCUUGACAGUCAUCAGAGAACUCACACAGGAGAGAAACCGUUCUCAUGUUCUGAAUGUGGAAAAUGUUUUGUUAAUAAAGCAGUUCUUGUCCAUCAUCAGAGAAGUCACACAGGAGAGAAACCGUUCUUAUGUUCUGAAUGUGGAAAAUGUUUUGUUGGUAAACCAGAGCUUGUCAGUCAUGAGAGAACUCACACAGGAGAGAAACCGUUCUCAUGUUCUGAAUGUGGAAAAUGUUUUGUUGGUAAACCAGAGCUUGUCAGUCAUCAGAGAACUCACACAGGAGAGAAACCGUUCUCAUGUUCAGAAUGUGGAAAAUGUUUUCGGCAACAUUCAAAUCUAGCCAGUCAUCAAAGAACACACACAGGCGUGAAACCGUUCUCAUGUUCUGAAUGUGGAAAAUGUUUUGGGUAUCAUUCAAAUCUUGUCAGUCAUCAGAGAACUCACACAGGAGAGAAACCGUUCUCAUGUUCUGAAUGUGGAAAAUGUUUUGGGUAUCAUUCAAAUCUUGUCAGUCAUCAGAGAACGCACACAGGAGAGAAACCGUUCUCAUGUUCUGAAUGUGGAAAAUGUUUUGUUCGUAAACCAGACCUUGUCAGUCAUCAGAGAACUCACACAGGAGAGAAACCGUUCUCAUGUUCUGAAUGUGGGAAAUGUUUUGUUCGUAAACCAGAGCUUGUCAGUCAUCAGAGAACUCACACAGGAGAGAAACUGUUCUCAUGUUCAGAAUGUGGUAAAUGUUUUCGGCAACAUUCAAAUCUUGCCAGUCAUCAAAGAACACACACAGGCGUGAAACCGUUCUCAUGUUCUGAAUGUGGAAAAUGUUUUGGGCAUCAUUCAAAUCUUGUCAGUCAUCAGAGAACGCACACAAGAAAGAAACCGUUCUCACGUUCUGAAUGGGGAAAAUAA